AUGUCGAUAGCAGAGAAGUUGGCUUUGAAUGAUGUGGCGUUGAGAGAGUCGAUUCAGAGCUUCCACUCCAUGUGCGAAACAGUGGACGCUACAGAGGUUUAUAAUGAUAGCAACUUCCAUCAAAAUGUUGCCCACUCGACAGACUUACAGAAUCUAACGCUUUACCAAUUAAACGCUAAACUAGAAGAAGCCGAAACUGCCAGCAAGUAUCUUAAUUCCCUCUGGCUCAUAAGGGCCUUAAUCCAAGAAAUCAACUCCCUAUUUGAUCCUGUUGGAGAAGGAUCUCAAUAUACUUGCGAUAAGAAUGAGCUCCUAGCAGUUUAUGAGAAUUUGAAGAAACUCAAUGGCAAGAUUGAUGAAAUUGGGGGAGAAAACUUGUCUAUCAAUUUCGCUCUUAAAACAUGUUACAAUGAGCUAGUGGACCGCUUGAUGGAGAAAUUGGUAGAAAUGUUCUCGCGAUUCUUCCCAAGUCCCCAUGAUGAUUUGCAUCAUACUAUUGUUUUCAAAGUCCAUGUAAAUGAAAUCUCAAUGUCGUUGAAGGAAUUUCAAUCAUUCUUUGCAGAAGUUGAGAAUCAUUUCUCUAGAAGCGACAUCAGCGACCUAUUGAAGAACUUAAGGCUGGUGUGGGAUAAAAAAAUUCUCGAUAUGCUAAUCAAAAGACAGGGUUUCAUUCUGGUUAUCGAAGAAGGCUCAGCAGUAACAUUAGAACUUACAAAACCUGGCAGUUUAAGAAGGUCUCUCACCAACUUGUAUUUCAAAUCCUUGAGACAUUUUAUCCUGUUUGUCAACCUUUUAGAUAAUCGGGCUUUCAAGAACUAUUACUCCACAAAAAUUUCCAAUGAUAUGGUACAAGCUGUAUCCGAGAACAUAAGAUUGUUCAUGAAUAACAAAGAGCAAUUAAGGGAAGAACUUGUGGAAACAUUACAGCUUCUUGCCAGCUCUGGGUGGUCUGUGCCCAUUAGAAACACAUUCAGUUCUCUUGAUAAGAUUGAUCAAGGUCUUCAGAAUAUUUAUAACUCUUGGGUGGUAGACAAAUAUAUCAAUGAAGCUCGCGAGGUUUUCAACGCUGAUGAUUUUGAAUCGCAUUUCAAAAAUUUAAAGGAUGCAUCUUACGAAACUAAAAGGGAAGAGUCAUCCAAAGGAGAGGAGCAGUGGGAUGAUUGGGGAUCCGAUUCAGAAAGUGAAACUGAAAGCAAUCAUGACGAUUGGGGAUCUGGUGAAAGAAGCAGUGAAGUCGAAAAAUCCGAAAAGAACGGAAAUAAUACAGAUGGCGACGAUGAAGAAGAUGCUUGGGAUGAUUGGGACGACGGAUGGGACGACGAGACGGACGAAAGAGCGAAUAAGACUGAAAAAAAGUCAUUCACGUCUAAAACUACGACACUGGGACCUGAAACAAAUCUUUCUUCUCCGACCAUCAAGUAUACUUCUAUUCCGUUUAAAUUGAGUGUUGUCAUCGCUAAAUUUAUGAAAGAGUCCAAUAAUGGGGAUCCUCAAGAUAUUUUAGAUGCAAUUGCAUCAUUGGCUUUACUUUCGUAUCCUAAGCUUACAUGCCUGUUUUUGCUUUUCAAUGAUUUGAAAAGAAUUAAGACUUCAAGCACUUACUUGAGUGACUUUGCUGACCAAGAAUGGAAUCACACUCGUCAAAAUGUUUUCGAUGACGUAACACAUGUGUUGGGUACCAUAGAUUACGGAAACGAAGAUCUCGAUGAUGAGCAUGAUCUGUUCGAAGUAAAAUCUAAGCUUGACCAAUACCGAAAAAUAAUUAAUGAUUUAUUUUUGCAGGACCUCGAAAGCACAAAUUCUGAGAUGUUUAAAAUCUUCAUUACUGAGUUGAUCAAUUUUACAAACAACUUAAUUCUCGAGAAUAUUUUGUCAAACAAAGAGAUCAGUGAGGCACAGUCAGAGAAGUACACUAAUGUCUUGCAGGGCUUGCAAAGCAUUGCAGAAGAAGUGCUUCAACGGACCAAGCAGGAUUUCACCGAACUUGCGUCCUACAAUAAGCUGAAACAAGCCAUAAUUUUAUUGAACAAUCACUUGAAGGAGAUCAUGGACUAUUUCUAUCAAGGAGAAUUGUAUGAUUUUACUACUGAGGAAUUGAUUCAUGUCAUAAAAAGUGUAUUCGUUCCCAGUGAUUUGAGAGAGAACUGCAUUGGCGAUAUAAUUGAAAUCAGGAAUAGCUAG